UAUAUACAUACAUACAUAUAUCUGAAUGACAGUUAAGUAUUGUGGCACUAAUUCUAAACAAUUAAAGGCUUGAAAAAGACAACAACAAAAACAUGCACUGUGUUUUAAGAGAAAGCAAAAACAUUUUUAUAUUUUCCAUAUCUGUUAUGUGUGUGUGUGUGUAUUAGCGUUCACAAUAAUUCGAACUGAAUCAUAACAUCAAUCAAAGAGUACAAGGAAAGCGCACAUGCUUUUCUGCCAUAAUUACUAACAGUAUAAAUUUAGUUUUUUUCUUGCUUUAAAAAUGUACAAAUUUAUGGUUAUAGUUUCUGGUAAUUUGGAACUUUGAGGUACAAAUAAAAAUAGACACACAAAACAAAAAAAGACUCGAAAAUUUCGCAACUAACAGUGUAAUACACGUUUCUUUUUUUUGAUGAAAGAGACAAAAAAAAUAAGUGCACAUUUUUAUUAUAAAAAUCUAGAAGAAAAUUUUGAAAGAUAUAUUAUAUUUGUAGGUUGAAAUGGUAAAAAAAAAUACAAUAAGGCGGAAGCUAAAAGAAAUAUUUUAAUGGCGUCUUAUAUGUGUAGCAUUUGUGAAAUUUAUAGCGCUUAAGCUACUUUUCCGGACUUUGUUGCUAUGCAUAUUAGUCAACAUUGACUUAGAAGAAAACAUAACUAUUUUUAGAAAAAAAAAAACGGAAAAAAUAUUUAUUUAAUUUCUCACAAUAUACUAGCGGCUCCAAGCGUCUACGCUUGCUUUCCUGGCGCAGCUAAUUAAAUUUUUUAGAUUUUCGAAAUUAAAGCAGCAUUAUCAGUAGGUAAAUAUGGUACAUAAAUAUUUUUUCAUAACUAUGUGUAUUGUACUCAAAUCUUUCAUGCGUUGCAUUUCCAUAUUUUACGUUUAAAAUCAGUAAAGAUUAUUUAAUUUGUGUUUCUUCACGCUCAAACGGUCAACCAUUUUACCACAUUAAAAGGAAAGAAAAAAAAGAUAACUAUCGUCAAAAAAGUUAAAAGCGGUUUGCACUUUCGUUUUGAAAGUUCUACGCGCUUUUAGAAUAUUCCGAAAAGUUCAACAAAAUAAAUUGUUUCCUUAACAAAAACGGUUUACAUUAUUACGUCUAUGUUUUAGAAUUAAUCAAUGUAAUUUAAUUUAAUUAUAUUCAAUUUAAAUAUUAUAAUUGACUUUAUGAUCAUUCAAUAAUUUUAUAAUAUGCAAAAUGCGUUUCGACUUGUAUUUGCAAAGAUAAAUUUAUACAAAUUUUUUACAACAAUCAAAAUUUCUGUUUCUCCCUGUGUUCGUAUAAAACAAAGUUGUCAAUCAAUAUUUUAAUAAAAGAAAAUAUAAAAAACAAACAUGUGUUUUCAUUCAUUAGUUCGGAGUACAACAAUUUGGGGCAUGUAAUUGGAGGCUCAGGAAGUGCUGAUUUAUAAAGUAACUUAAGAUGAAGUUAGUGAUCUUGGAUACUGCUGACUCAGUUGGAGUUUGGGCUGCUAAAUAUGUGAUGAAACGCAUUAAUGACUUUAAGCCCGGCCCAAACAAAUACUUCGUUUUGGGCCUACCGACCGGAAGCACGCCUCUGGGCAUGUACAAGAAACUUAUUGAAUUCCACAAAGCUGGCAAAGUGUCUUUUGAGUUUGUGAAAACUUUUAAUAUGGACGAAUAUGUAGGCAUACCACGUGAUCACCCCGAAAGCUAUCACUACUUCAUGUGGAAUAAUUUCUUCAAACACAUCAAUAUCGAUCCCAAGAAUGCGCACAUUCUGGAUGGCAAUGCCAAGGACUUACUUGCCGAAUGCCAACAAUUUGAGUCCAUGAUUCGGGAAGCGGGUGGAGUUGAGCUCUUUAUUGGUGGUAUCGGACCGGACGGACAUAUAGCUUUUAACGAACCUGGCAGUUCGUUGGUCUCACGUACACGUGUGAAAACAUUGGCACAGGACACAUUGGAGGCAAAUGCACGCUUCUUUGAUAACGACAUGAGUAAGGUGCCCAAACAGGCACUGACCGUGGGUGUCGGUACGGUAAUGGAUUCGAAGGAAGUGAUGAUAUUGAUUACGGGUGCGCACAAGGCAUUCGCCUUGUACAAGGCAAUCGAGGAGGGUGUAAAUCAUAUGUGGACAGUGAGUGCCUUCCAGCAACAUCCCAAUACGUUAAUGCUUUGCGAUGAGGAUGCCACGCUGGAGUUAAGGGUUAAGACGGUGAAGUAUUUUAAGGGUAUACUCCGAGAUGUACAUGAAAAAAUGAUUGGAGAGGAAGCUGAGUUAAACGUGCAAUGAAUUGAUCCAGCUAAUGUACUAUGGUAUCAAUGUGGUCUUAUGGAGCUGCAUGGGAAGAUGGUGGAAGGGGUGUAAUACGUUACAAUAGUUUUGAUAACAUUUUUGAUACAAUUUCGAAAGAAUUUAACUCAGCGAAACAUUAGUUAGUAUAUAAAAAUUAAAGAAGUAAUCAUAUUACAAUUGUUAUAACAAAAAAUAAAAAAUACCGAAAA